UCAUACAAUUCGGCGAUCCCUUAGAAAAUUUUUACGAGCUACCGAAAAUUCCAAAGGGAGCCCAAGAAGAAUGACAUGGGUGCGUUGAAACUUGAAAGAAAGAUUUGCGGUGCGCGAGAGGGAAGAUAAUCCAAUCGCAUAACCGAAAAAAUCGCAGCCGCUGCUGCACUGCAGGGUCAGGGUUUUCCGUUUAAGCUUUUGAAAAUUGCAAACCGAUCACCACCGCCGUUGAUGGACCAGAAUCAGAAUUCUCCGAUCACCAUUACCGACUUGAAUGAAGAUUCUCUGGCCCGCUGCGCCGAAUUCCUCAACCUCCAGGACAUCUCCAAUGUAGCCCGGACCUGCAAAUCUCUCCGGCAAGUCGCCUACUCGGACUCCAUCUGGCAACCCCUUUUCAGGGAGCGAUGGCAGCAUCUAAUACCACCUCUUGAUUCUUCAGUAGCUUCAGGAGGAGCCAGGGACGCGUACUUGUCCAGGCUUACCGCUCUGCAACAGUUCAAGUUUGAAGAUCCCUUGGUUGCUGAUAUGUGCACCCAAGCAGAGCCUUAUGGCCUUAUGCUUUUGGACAGAGAUGAUAUUUUCAUGUCUCGGGGCUCCUCUAUUCAAAUGAUGGAAAUCGCUAAAAGUUUUAGCAGAAGUGUCUCUCUUACCACUCUGAGUGAUCACAAUGCGCGUAUCACUUGUAUGAGGUUGUUUCCCCUUUAURAAACUUCAUUGUUUAGAAGUGAAGGGCAGAGAUCAGAGAACUUUUUGGUAACCUCAAGUUCUGAUCACUCAAUUCGAUUUUGGUGGAAGGGUUCUUGUCAGCGAUGUUUUCGAGGUCAUAAUGGCCCCAUCUCAACUCUGUCUGAUAAACUGUUAGGUGAUGAUAGCAGCAAAGUAUUGGCCAGUGGAGGCGAAGAUGGUACAGUUCGUCUUUGGUCUCUUAGUUCCAGUGGCAAGCGAGGCAAGAGUGCUUUAAUGGUUACACUUCAUGGACAUGGGAGACCAAUUAAGUCAAUAUCAGUUGCAGGACAUAAGACUUCUCUUUUGGUGAGCAUUUCCAGGGAUUCCAAGGUGAGAGUUUGGGAUGUUACUGCAUCAUCAACUGCCCGUUCGUCUUGUUGCGUCGGAUUAACUUCUCUUUCUGGUGUUCCCGUAAACAUCAAGUGCCAUGAAUCAUUGCUCUAUGUUGGUACGAGUUCCUCUGUUGUCGCAAUUGAUUUAAGGACUAUGCAGAAAGCUUUCACUGCUGCAGCUUAUCAACCGUUUUUAUACUCAUUCGAGAUGGUUCCCUCUAAAUCCUUGAUAUGCACUGGUGGUCGUGGCAGUGCAAUGCUUUGGGAUGUAAGAAGAAACCAGGAUGGACAUAAACCUGUACCAAUUGCUGAAUUGGAGGGGCACAGAGGACCAGUAAGUUUCCUACACAUGGAUCCAUACAAAAUAGUUACAGGAGGUCCAGGUGAUAUUUACGUAAACAUCUGGGAGGUGGAUUCUGGUACACAAGCAAAUUCUUUGAGUUGCUGGUUCAAUGAAGAUGCGGGCAGCAGCACGACGUUGUCCUCUUUUGCUGUUAAUGGGUGUAGAAUUUUCACUGCUUGCUAUGAUGAAGAUCUCGGACUUCUGCGCUGCCGAGACUACACCAGUGCUUCUCGUCCUAUCRUCGAACACGGAGAGGUUCUCUCCAGAUUUUGGGAUCCGGAAUGCUACAGCGACAGCAAUAAUUCAGAUCUUUAAUAAUAGAUCAUCUGUAAGCUGUAAACAGUUUCACUAAGUUUUUAACUUUUCAAGUAGCUUUUGAAGGAGUAGGAGUUCCGUGUUGUGCAUUAUUGUAGUCUUCUAGUGGGAUAUACAACUUUUGGAAGUGAAAAGUGAUUUGAGAUAGCAAGCUCUGAUAGCCGAAAGGAAAUAUGGGAAAUAGUGAAAAAGCUUUCCAGUUUGCAAAGAA